AAUCGCUUAAUAAAUCAGCUUCUAAUUAGUUUUCUGUUUGAUCGCUCUAACCAAACUCUUCUCUAUUGAUUCCGCUUCCCAUCUCGCCGUAGCUGCCACCACCGCUCAUCGCCAUAGUGGCGCGUAGUCCUCACAUCUUCGCCUUCAUCAGGUUCUGUAUUCGGGUUUUCAGAUUUUGAUUGGUGAGGAUGGUGCUGGUGUUAGCCCUAGGGGAUUUGCAUGUUCCCCAUAGAGCACCUGAUCUUCCUGCAAAGUUCAAAUCCAUGCUUGUCCCUGGCAAGAUUCAGCAUAUUAUUUGCCCUGGAAAUUUAUGUAUUAAAGAAGUUCAUGACUACUUGAAGACUCUUUGUCCAGAUUUGCAUAUAACUCGUGGCGAGUAUGAUGAAGAGACGAAAUAUCCAGAGACUAAAACACUAACCAUUGGUCAAUUUAAGCUUGGACUUUGCCAUGGUCAUCAGGUUAUUCCAUGGGGAGACCUAGAUUCACUAGCAAUGCUGCAGAGGCAACUUGAUGUAGACAUCCUUGUGACAGGUCACACCCAUCAGUUUACAGCAUACAAACACGAGGGUGGUGUAGUUAUAAAUCCAGGUUCUGCAACUGGUGCCUAUAGCAGUAUCACAUAUGACGUGAACCCAAGUUUCGUCCUCAUGGACAUUGAUGGUCUGCGUGUUGUGGUCUACGUUUAUGAACUGAUUGAUGGAGAGGUUAAGGUUGACAAGAUAGAUUUCAAGAAAACAUCCUCAAACCAAUCUGCUCACUGAACUUGGUCUUGAGUCUAGAAUUCUUGUUGUUGUUUGUUUGUAUUUUUCCUUCAAAAUUUGUAAGGAGGUUCUGGUUUUAAUUGUUCUACUUUAAUUUGAACAGUUUUAUUUUGGGCAUAUCAUAGGUUUACAGGAUUCAUUUUAUUUGAUCAA